UCCGCCGAGGCUGACCAUGUCUGCGCGGGUGGCCCUCCUGCUGCUCUGGGGUCUCGCCCUGAGCCGAGUAACCGAGGAGGCCUUAUUCUUGGAUCCGAGGCCGAACCUGUGGGCAGAGGCCCAGUCGCUGCUGGAACCCUGGGCCAAUGUGACGCUGACAUGCCAGAGCCGCCUGCCAACGCUGGCUUUCCAGCUGCUCAGAGACGGGGUGGCCCAGGACCCGGUGCACCUGGCCUCGCCCGCCUUGGAGCACCGGUUCCCGCUGGGAGCAGUGACCAGUGACACCCGAGGCCUUUACCGCUGCCGCUCGGGCUUGAACAGCAGGUGGACCGGCCUGAGCAACCUCGUGGAGGUGACUGGAUUGGAGCCCCUGCCCCCACCCUUGCUCUCAACCAAGCCAGUGCCCUGGAUCACACCGGGCCUGAACACGGAGCUGCUGUGCCAUGGGGGACUUCGCGGUGUGACCUUCCUGCUGAGGCGGGAAGGCGACGACCAGUUUCUGGAGGUGGCGGAGGCCCCGGAGGACACCAAGGCCAUCUUUCCAGUCAAACGGCCUGGCAACUACAGCUGCACGUACCGGACGCACGCGGCUGGCACCCCCUCUGAGCCCAGUGCCACUGUGACCAUAGAGGAGCUGGCCAGGCCGCCGCCACCCACACUGACCAUCAAGACAGACUCCGCAGCGGUCCUGAGCCCUGGCUCGGGCGUGUCUCUCACGUGCGUGGCGACCCUGGAGGGGGUGCACUUCCAGCUGCGGCGGGUCGAGGAGGUGCUGAUGGUCCCCAGAGCCAGCACCAGCCCGGACCGCGUCUUCUUUCAACUGAACAAUCUGACCCUGGAGGACCGCGGGGUCUACACCUGUAGCUACCAGCUGCAGGACAAUGUCACUCCCUGGUCCUUGGACAGUGCGCCUGCCGAGCUGGUGCUGAGCGACGGGACCCUCCCCGCGCCGGAGCUUUCGGCCGAGCCCGCGGCUCUGAGCCCGGCGCCGGGCUCGGUGGUGCAGCUGCGGUGCCGGGCACCCCGCUCGGGCGUGCGCUUCGCCCUGGUGCGCAAGGACGCGAGAGGGCACCGGGUGCACGGCCUCCUGAGCCCCGAGGGGACCGAGGCCCUCUUUGAGCUGCGCGACGUCUCAGGGGCGCACUCGGGCAACUACAGCUGCGUCUACACGGACUUGGCGCCGCCCUUCUCGGGCUCCGCGCCCAGCGCGAGCGUGGAGCUGCGCGUGGACGGCCCCUUGCCCAGGCCGCAGCUUCGGCCCCGGCGGAUCGGGGCGGUGACUCCGGGACGCGAUGCCGUCUUCCACUGCGAGGGCCGGGUGCCUGAUGUCAUCUUCGAGCUGCUGCGGGCCGGCGAAGCGGAGCCUUUGGAGAAGGUCUGGUCCCACCACCCCUCCACAGACCUCGUGCUGACCUACGUGGGGCCCCAACAUGCGGGCAAGUACAGCUGCCGCUACCGCUCCUACCCCUUGCUGUCGGAGCUCAGCGACCCAGUGGAGCUGCAAGUGGCAGGUGAGGGGCCAGGCGGCAGGUGGAGCCCGGUUGGGUAG